UGAAUUAGAUCGCGUGCCGCGAAAUAGGUUGAAGACAAUUAUUUUGAAUACCCUCUAAUUUUGAGAAUUAUGCCCAUCGAUUGUCAAUUUAAUUUGUCGCGUGCUUCAGCGGUUUAUUACACUGGCGAACAAGUUUCUGGCUCGAUUGCAUUGAGCGCCAGUAAGAAACCGCUACAGCUGGAGGCUGUCAGCAUCAGUUUAAUUUGCCGCAGCGAAAUUAGCUGGCGGGAGGCAGACUCCAGCUUGCCACUCAUCGAACACAAUGAUAGCACAGCGGCCACUGAGCCCGGCCACAUCUGUUAUGUGGCCAACAAGACGCACUUGCAGCAGACGCAACAACUGCUCCAGACACUCAACCUGCCACCAGGCGACACACAGCGCUGCAGCUUUCAAUUCGAGCUGCCGCACGACUUGCCGUGCAGCUGCCGUCUGCCACUGGGCGCGACUGGCUACACGCUGCACGUGACGCUGCAACGUCGUGGCAAGCAUGACAAGCAUUUUCAGCAGCGAUUGUGCAUUAGAAAGCGCAUUGAACUAGUCGACUUGCGGCCUGCGUGCAGCACAAGUGCCACACUGAGGCUCAGCUUGCUGCGCAGCGUUUUUGCGCCCGGUCAACGUGUUGCCUAUCAGCUGCAUGCCACUGUGCCUGCCACAUGCCAAACCCGUCUCUUGCAAUCGAUUACCUAUCAAAGCCAACAGCCCGUGGCCAAGUCAAAGCGUGUGCAGCGCGUGCUGGACGAGAGUUGUGCCCUGGCCGCUGAACUGCAUUUGCCACUGACGGCGCCCAUUAUGAGUCUGCCUGGCGAACCCAUGGAGAUCGCCUACUAUUUGGAGACAUGGAGCAGCUGCAGCGAGACUCUGAGAUUGCCCUUGCUGGUGGGCACUGUUGCGCCACCUGUUGACGUCAAAGAUAGCCCAACGGUCGGUACUUCGCUUGGUUUUGUUAAUUUGGCUUUGUGUGAAAAUGAUUUACUGUUUUCAUCCAUCAAUCAGCUGACCCACAGCUGUUCCAGAGAAUCGAGCGCCCCAAGUAUUACCUGGCACGGGGAACACCUGAAAUUGCUGCGGCGCCAAAAGAAACAGUCGUACGUGCGAUUAGCUUUGCGGUUUUUCUAUAAAAACAUGUUGCCCACAGAUAAGCGUCAUUGUUGGGAUCUCGAAGUAUCCAAUUAACAUAAAUGAGUACGUGCAGGUCUUUAAAUAUCUUUGAAUGUUUUUACAGUUUUCAUUAGGGUUAUGCUUCUUUAUUUAUUUAAUGUGAUAUGUUUUAACUGAUUGAGAAUCAUUUCUUUUGAUAUAAUUCUAUCUAGCCUAGAGUAAAAUUGAUUCAUAUCUAUCGUAUAUUAAGUUUUAGAAGCCAAUC